CUUGUGACUUAGUGUAGUGUACACCUGCCAGACUCUGUCCUCACGAUAUGAAGGUGGUGUUGAGGAGCAGUAAGGUUGGGGUGGUGUGGGUGGCAGUUGUGAUGAUGGGUGGCAUAGUGGGCGGUGUUCUAGAUGACCCAUCAACACUAACUCAUCAUCAACAAGAACAACAACAGCCUCAACAUCCAGACACAACUGAGGUCAGCCAAGACACACACAGCCAACAGGAGAGAGAUGGCAAAUUGUUCGUCAUCCUGGCGAAGGUUCCAGAGACACAGUGCGUCACCACGGACAGUAUUUCCACUCUGGGUACUUGCAUGCCAUCCUACCAGUGCACCAGCACGGGAGGAAUGUCUAAGGGCACCUGUGUUAAAGGACUGGCCGUCUGUUGCUUAAUCACCAGGACGUGUGAUAAGUCAACUAACCUCAACAACACAUAUUUCGUCAACCCCAGCGCCCAGAACACUAAUAUAGGGGCCUGCACACUGACCAUCAACCGUGUUAACAGUAACAUCUGUCAGAUGAGGUUCGAUUUCAUCAAACUUGACCUCAAUCAGCCAGAUAACAACGGUGUGUGUGCAUACGACUUCCUGACGGUGACUGGUGGCGUGUCCACUGUUCCUUUAAUCUGUGGCUCCAACAGCGGUCAACAUUUUUACUACGACGUGGAUCCCAACGGUGGACCUGUGAAGCUGACCAUAGAUCGUAGCAACAUAACGCUGCUGACAACCUCCUGGAACAUUAAGAUCACACAGAUCUCCUGUGACUCCAGGUACCGAGCGCCUGACGGCUGCCUUCAGUACUACACAGCCACUGCUGGCACCGUCAGCAGUUUCAAUUUCCUCAACGCCAAAUCUCCUCAACCUCUGCAACAAGGAACGCGGCAGCUGGCUAACCAGGACUACGGUAUAUGCAUUAAAAGAGCUGACAGCUACUGUGGCAUCGUUUACGACCUUGACACCACAGACGGCAACUAUGGUUUCACACUCAAUGGAUCGGCUGAUGUUAUAGCGCCAGAUUUAGUCGGUACCUACGACGUUAACUUUCGGGAUGAAAACUGCACAACAGACUACGUGGUCAUUCCUGGAGGCAUGUACACUAAGCAUGCCAACGAUGUUGCGACAUUCCCAGCAGACAGAUACUGUGGCCUCGGCUUUCCCAACACCGUCACCACCACUGCCAAGCCCUUCGUACUGUACUUUAAAACAGACGGUAAUGAAACUCUGGAUAGCUACAACCGAGGCUUUAGCCUCAACUACCGACAGAUAACAAGCUGCACGUAAUGACCCGCUAACAGCCAGCAGCAGCAG